UAUUUUUAGGGGAUUAUUUAACCAGACGAAAAAUGAGAUAAUUUUCAUGAAGAACAAAAACUGUAUCCUUCAAGUAUUCUAGUGUGCUUUUCAAUUUGAAUAAAGUCUUCACAGGUUCGUUCGUACACAAAUCGUGAUGGAAUAUGUUUUGACGAGAUAAUGUUUGCUCUGUCAGGGUGGUUUUUCGUGGCUUAAUUAAAGCGAUCUGGUUUGAUUGUCCCUAUGUCAAUGAGUUUUCGAAGUGCGCCGCCGGCACUGCUGCCGUCUACACUAAGCUAGUCUUCAUCUUCAAAAGUUUAAUCUACUCUACUGAAUGUGAAGCAAAUGGAACGUGUCGUUGCGGAUCACUGGCAUCACCUUGUGAUUAAUCUUGUGCCCCCGUAACAACUGCAGAAAGAUGACUUUUCGGACGGUGAAAUUUUGUGCGUAUACGUAUAACCGGAUUAUGGCCUCCUAAGCGGGUGCUGAAGAGUGGUUCGACAAACUGCGUUUGUGUCAGAGUGUGUACUGGCGAACUGAGAUAUAUAUCCGCCUCCAUAUAUAUAUAUAUAUAUAUCUAUAUAUAUAUAUAUAUAUAUAUACACAUAUGUAUAUUUAUAUAAAAGUUAAAGCUACCAAGUUAGCUAGCAAAGGAUUGUAUACUCGCAAUCUCGGACUAAGAAAAUGGCGUGGUUUCGAUGGCCGACAUCGCUGGCGCUGCUUUCCGCUCUCGUCUCAACGGCUGUCGUUAGUACACCCAUGGCUCCUCCGAAACUUCCGUUCAAUCUUUUUCUCACCCCACAACAAAGUCUUGCUUUAUUAGGUAUCAAUGUGGAUAUAUUCUAUGUUAGGGACGGCGCAAUGAACGAGUAUGCGCUACGAUUUAGCGUCCCUGUGAAAGGCAAUACAGUGGAGUUCAGCUGGCAAAACCUCAAGUCACAACAGCAAACACUGAAUUAUAAAAUUGAAAUUCAAGUGGAUAGGCCGGAAGCAAUGAACCCGCCGAAAUUGGACAUCCCAUCUCGAGGUCAGCUGCCAGCAACGCCAACAACGUUUGUAGUCAGUCUUCCGUGUACGGGACGCGAGUCUGCAGAGGUAAAAGUUACAAUCAGUGUAAAUGUCAGCAGUGCUGGAGACCCCAGUCGCAUUACGGUCGUAAAAAUCCCCCGGAAAAAAGUCUGCCUUAAAGACGAACGUUUCAUUGAAAAAGUUAUAACAAUGGUCCCGACUGAGCCUUCGCAAGCCGUCGAUGACGAUGACGAUGAAAAUAUCGAUGAAAUGGAGGAAGACAGUGAAGACGCAGAGGUCGAAGAUAAUAAUACGGUACUGAUUCUUGGAAAAGGCGGAAACUCAAUAUCUGACAAAACGGUGUUGUUGUCGUCCAGCAGGAAAAACUCCGCUAACACUACCAUGAUUAUGGAUGCGGCCACGACGCCCGUCCAGGUAUCGGGAGACCGAAAUCCGAUGAUUUUGGCAGUGGGCGGAGCAGCGGUAUUCGUGGCAAUGGCCUUUAUGCUUGCGACGACCGUUUGUUAUGUUAAGACGAAGAAAAUGCGUCAGGCUACACAGGGCAAUAUCAUUAUUCAGGCAGCUGCCGAUAAAUACUUCCAUGAAUGGACAACAGCGAGUUCGACGAUAAAAACCCAAAAUGGAGGAUAUGGCGUAAUUACGUCAUCGAACCUUACACCGCAACAGGGACAGCGGCUGCUUCGUGUGGGCAGCCCAGUGGCUUCGACAGUGGCCUCGUAUUCGUCCUUCCGUAAAGCCAGUCCACCUCUCGCACCUAGUCCGGUGCCCCCGCCCGCUGUGAGCCAUCUGACACUUAAAUCAGUCGGCACUUUGAACAGUUCAGCGGGGCAAUACAGUACAAUACAAGAUAUAUCAGCGUCCAGAAGCUCUUUGCUGUCUGAACAGCUCAAUGAGCUCGCAGUCGAUUCAGCAUGUCUAACGCUAGUGGAGCUGUUAAAUGAAGGUGCGUUCGGCCGGGUGUACUACGCACAUCUGAGCACGUUUCCUGCUGUAGAUGUACAGCCUGUUUUUGUGAAAACAGUCAAGGAGCAGGCAAGUGCCGGACAGAUUGAAAUGUUCAUGCAGGAAGGCAUGAUGCUCUACGGAAUGAACCAUGCUAAUGUCCUUACGGUAUUCGGGACAUGCCUCAAUCUCGAAGGGCAACCCGCUCUUAUAUACCCAGCUAUGGCAGAGGGAAACUUGAAACAGUUUCUUCGGCGAAGCAAGUUCUCACAAACGGAAUGUGGGCACCAUUGCCUCACAACGCAGGAUCUCGUUGAUAUGGGCGUGCAGAUCGCCGAAGGCCUCAUGUACCUUCACCGAAGAUUCUUCCUCCAUAAAGAUGUGGCUGCACGCAACUGUCUGCUAGAUGAGCGGUUACAUGUCAAGCUGGCGGAUAAUUCUCUGUCACGGGACCUGUUUCCAGAUGAUUAUCACUGCCUGGGCGAUGGAGAAAACCGGCCAGUAGCUUGGCUAGCUAUUGAAUCAUUAAACAUUCGAGAAUUUACACCGGCGUCCGACCUCUGGAUGUUUGGAGUCACCCUUUGGGAGCUCCUCACCCUCGGCCAACAGCCCUUUGCGGAAAUCGACUCAUUCGAGAUGGUGAACUACCUCAACAGUGGAUAUCGAUUGGCUCAGCCUGUCAAUUGUCCAGACGAAUUGUUCGAGGUUAUGGAGCGGUGUUGGGUUGCUUGUCCCGGCGAGAGAUUAACGUUGCCUCAAGUUGUUCGAACACUUGCCAACUUUUACAACCAGUUAGGUAGUUACAUCUGAGUAUACACUAUCAAUCUGAGCUGGCUAAGCCUGACUCGGAUGCCGCCCCCUGACGACUUAUACAAGAAACGGAUUAGGUGAUUCACAGCGCACACGCUAACUUGUGGACACACGGCACAGCAUGUCGAGUUCUAUUAACUAACUUCGCCCUACAAACCUGUAAAUGGAAAACAAAAAAAAAAAAAA